AUGGCCGAAGAGUUCCUCGCAAGACACUCGCCGCGCAAACCCGCUUUCAUCCAGCAGGAGAACGCCGUAGCAGAUUUGGACGUCGCCAUGAACAUUGUUUGCGUCCCUGCACACUACCUCAAACUCUGCAGUUCGUUGCCAACAACACCGAAAAGAAAAGAAAAAUACACGGUAUUCCGCAAUGACGAGGAGUUGAACGGCAUUUCGGCGGAUGUUUCGGACGGGCCCUGGCCGCGGCAUUUGAGCCGCCUGAUGAUGGUCUUCUUCCGCCGCCUGCUCUCCCUGCCGGACAACGACCCCGAGCUCGCGCGCUACUACAAGUAG